AUGGGUUGGGGUGAUUUGGGUGCUUUUGGAGAGCCUUCUAAGGAAACCCCUAACCUAGACCAGAUGGCUUCAGAGGGGAUGCUGUUCCUGGAUUUUUAUACUGCCAGCCCCCUCUGUUCUCCAUCAAGGGCAGCACUGCUGACGGGCCGUCUCCCAGUGAGGAAUGGUUUCUACACCACAAAUGCACAUGCCAGAAAUGCAUACACACCACAGGAUAUAGUAGGAGGAAUCCCAGAUUCUGAACUACUCCUUCCAGAGUUACUGAAGGAAGCUGGCUACAUCAAUAAGAUCAUUGGCAAAUGGCAUCUGGGUCACAGGCCCCAGUUCCACCCCCUGAAGCACGGGUUUGAUGAGUGGUUUGGAUCCCCAAACUGCCAUUUUGGACCUUUUGAUAACAGAGCACUCCCCAAUAUCCCUGUGUACAGGGACUGGGAGAUGAUUGGCAGAUAUUAUGAAGAUUUCAAAAUUGAUCUGAAGACAGGUGAAUCCAACUUGACUCAGAUCUACCUGCAGGAAGCUCUCGAUUUUAUUAGCAAGCAGGAGGCCAGCCAGCAGCCCUUCUUUUUAUACUGGGCAAUUGAUGCUACCCACGCUCCUGUUUAUGCCUCCAAACAGUUCCUGGGCACUAGUCAGAGAGGACUCUACGGGGACGCUGUGCGAGAAAUCGAUGAGAGCAUUGGAAAAAUCCUAAACCAUCUUCAGAAGCUGGGUAUCAGUGAGAACACCUUUGUGUUUUUCACCUCUGAUAAUGGGGCUGCUCUCAUUUCAGCUCCUAAACAAGGAGGAAGCAACGGCCCUUUCCUGUGUGGCAAACAAACCACCUUUGAAGGUGGCAUGAGAGAGCCAGCGAUCGCUUGGUGGCCAGGACACAUACCUGCAGGAGGGGUCAGCCAUCAGCUGGGCAACGUGAUGGAUCUCUUCACCACCAGCCUCUCCCUGGCGGGACUGCAGCCUCCCGGUGACAGACAGAUUGAUGGCAUCGACCUUUUACCUGCCAUCUUGCAGGGCAAGCUAAUUGACAGGCCCAUAUUCUAUUAUCGUGGCAACGAGAUGAUGGCGGUGAGAGCUGGGCUUUACAAGGCUCACUACUGGACCUGGAGCAACUCCUGGGAGGAGUCCAGCAAGGGCAUCAAUUUCUGUCCUGGGCAGAAUGUCUCUGGAGUGACAACACAUACACAGGAGGAGCACACAAACCUGCCACUGCUUUUCCACCUGGGGAGGGACCCUGGAGAGAAGUACCCAUUAAGCUUUGCCAGUGAUGAAUACCAGAGGGCUAUGGAGCGAAUCUCUGUCCUUGUCCAGCAGCACAAAGCCACCAUGGUGCCAGGGGUGCCACAGCUGAACGUGUGUGACAAGGCUGUCAUGAACUGGUCUCCUCCAGGCUGUGAGAAGCUAGGGAAGUGCCUGACACCACCCACGUCUGAUCCUAAGAAGUGCUUUUGGCCUCACUGA